CUUGCGCCACUAUAAUUCUAUACUUAACUCAAGCAAUACUGCAUCAACGGUUUUUAAAAAAGAAUUAUAAGGUAAAUAUUUUUUCACCCGAUGCCCAAAACUUACGACUAUUCAUGGCAGAUGAGCAACGCGUUCCAGGUUUAGAUAGCGAAAAGAAAAAGUGUGACGAUUUUGCUGGACUGUAUUCUUUAGAUUCAACUGCAAGUUCCGCAACAGGAAGAAGCAUGGCUGAUCCUUUAGGUACAGAAGGCGCUUUCAAGAAGUUGAAAUCGGACGGCAACGGAACGGCGGGUUCCAUCUCAAGCAGCACGACCGCCCCCGGGCACAACCCUGCAGCCUGCCCCACCCCGGCCCGGCGGCGGCACAGGACGACGUUCACCCAAGAACAACUCCAAGAACUGGAGGCGGCGUUUGCCAAGAGCCACUAUCCUGAUAUCUACUGCAGGGAAGAGCUGGCAAGAAUAACAAAACUGAACGAAGCUAGAAUACAGGUGUGGUUUCAGAACCGUCGCGCAAAAUACCGCAAACAAGAGAAGCAGCUGGCCAAGUCUCUGUCUCCAGUCAUCCCGACCUGUAACUCUAUGAUGCGUAACAUCUACCCGACAACGUCGCGGGGUUACCCCUAUCCCACGCACACCAACAUGAACAGUAUGAGCGCUAUGAACCGCUACCCACAGAUGCCAGGGUCGUCGUACCCGUCCAUGGCCCAGUUCUCCAGCAUGCCUGGCCCCCCGGGAAAUAUCUCCAGUAUUUCUAAUAUACCCAACAUCUCCAACAUCACACCUGGGAUGCAGAGGCAGCAGCUCUCCAUGGCAACGGAUUACAAUCUGGAGCUACACGAGGACGACUGGUAUAACAAGAGUCUGACUGCACUGCGCAUGAACAACCCCCACCCCUCUCUAGCUAACACACUGCAGUACCAAACGUAA